CACUGGCUGUCUGCGGCCGGUGGACCAUGGAGGCUCCAAGUUCGUUUGCACUGGACUGGUACGUCCGUUCGCUGCCUAAGAAGCGAGCGAGCGAUUUGAAGCUGUGGCUCUGUGAGCUCUGCCUGCUACUGCUGGCUUCUGGCCUGAGCGCGACUUUCUUGCCGCACGAAGAGGACGUGAGGUUCAUCAAUGAGUACGUGAACCUCCACAAUGAGCUCCGAGGCAACGCCAUGCCCCGAGGGGCGAACUUGCGCUUCAUGACGUGGGAUGUAGCUUUGUCACGGACUGCGAGAGCCUGGGGGAAAAAGUGUGUAUCUACACACAACAUUUAUUUAGAAGAACUACAAAUGGUCCAUCCUACAUUUAAUGGUAUUGGUGAAAAUAUGUGGAUCGGCCCUGAAAAUCAAUUUACUGCAAGCCUUGCUAUCAGAAGUUGGUAUGCAGAGAGAAAAAUGUAUAACUUUGAAAAUGGCAGUUGUUCUGGUAACUGUUCUAAUUAUCUACAGCUUGUUUGGGACAAGUCUUACAAAGUUGGUUGUGCUGUUACUCCAUGUUCAAAAAUUGGACGUAUUAGAUAUGCAGCAAUUUUCAUAUGCAACUAUGCACCAGGAGGAACUCUGACAAGAAGGCCUUAUAAAGCGGGACUAGUUUGCACGCAGUGUAGCUCAGAGGACAGAUGCACAGAUUUUCUAUGCAGUAAGACAAAGGAAAUGGCUUUAACAUGAAAACAACCCAUAGUGCAUAGGAUGAUGAGAAAAGUGAAAUGUUGAACACUAAUUUUUGUUUCUUUGACCAGAAUAGUAUCAUAUUAUAAAAGAGGGUUGAAACAGUACCAUCUUUAGAGCUUUCUAAAUCGCAAAGCCUUUUCUGCCCUCUCCUACCUCUCUCCCUGCCCCUGAGGUCAUGCCAGAGUGUCUGAAAGAAGAAGUGAAACUAGUAGCUAUACCCUGAAAAGGCUUUACAAUCAAGCCCUGAAAUAGCAGCUUGUUUGAAAAUGCCACUCUAAAAGAUAAGAUAUUGCAAGAUAUUUGUAAAGUAGCAAAUGUUCAAUAGUUUUCUCCCUAAAUAUUCAAAAGAUAAAAGUAGAAAAAAUGUUUGAUUUAAUUAUUUUUAGUUUUUCCAAACAUAAGAGCAUAGAAUCCAAAAGUAUAAUUACCUGGAAUAUAGGAUACUUGGAGGAAUGUAAGGGGCAUAUUAUGCUUUGUGUUAAAGAAACCAUUGGACAAUUUUUUCAUAAUGCCACUUCUGCGGUGACUCCACUCUAACAUUUCUGCCCUUGGUUUAUUUGAAUCAAAGUGCAAAGUAUUGCUCUUCCUCUUCCCCUUUUCUUUCUCUUCCUGAAACAUUCAGUCCUAAGGCCAUAAGGUAGGUCAGAAUGAGGUAAGCAUCCACACAGAGGGCAGCCAGAUGUGAUAGGUUAGAGCCUAAGUAGGAUGACAGGGCAUCUAUACACAGUGCAGUGGGCAUAGGGAGACAGCCUGAGCCAGAUGAGGAUGGUGUCUGCAUUGGAAUAUGGUUUUGUAUGAGAAGUUAGAGCCCUCAUGGAGUGAAUUAGUGACCCUGCAUCACAUCAGGCUUGUUGUAUCAGAGACAUAACAUGAUGAAGGAAUGUUCAUGCAGAGAUGGUCAGUAGGUGGAUCUGAGCCCAAGCAAGGUGAGGACAGCAGCCACCUGGGGUGGGAGGGAGAAGCUUGGCAUGGAGUAUCAGAAUCCAAACAGGUAAGGAAAGCAUCUAGCGGGAUGGUCUGGCACUGGCUGUUGGAGCCCAAGCAGAAUAAAGAGAGGAUUCACAGAAAGGUGGCCUGGCAAGAGGUAUUAAAACCUAAGCAGUUAAAAGGGCAUCUGUGUUCAGGAGCAACUUUGCAUGAGAUGUCAGAGCCCAAACUGAGGAAGGCUUUAACAUGGAGUAGAUGGCCUGGUAUCAGAGGGGUCAGAGCCCGAGUGGGGUAAGGAAUGAGUCCGUACAUUGGAGAAGUUCAAAGCUGGGUUUCAGAGCCUGAGCUGGAAAGAAGGGGGUCCAAGUGAAGGAUCAGAUUAUAGGUUGCCAGAU